AUGCAUUGGCCAGACUUACAGAGGCUGUUGCAGAAUGAUGAAGGUGCAAGCAGAUCUGAGCGAGCACAAGCUGUAAUCGACAAUCCCCAUCUGACUGAUUGGUUUUUUAUGCAGCGGCUGCAGGAGUUUGUCAGACAUUGGCUUAAUGGCGUCUUGGAUGCUGAGUGGCACUGGUAUCGAUUUGAGUACCAAGCUAGGGGAAGUAUUCAUUGCCAUGGAUGUGCAAAGUUAAAAAAUGACCCUGAUAUUAGAGAAUUACGUAAUAAAGCAUGUGUUGCAUUCCUAGAGAGUGAGACAACAAGGUACGAAAUGUCACCUGAUGAUUUUGAAUUCCUUUGCGGGAAUGUGAUAAGACAGGGAGAAGAUGCUGAGAAGUUGUUAAUACAGUAA